AUGAGGUCGACCACAGAGGGCACACGCACAGGCGCACAGCACACGCCAGCCUGGAAGAGAUUGGGCCUCAAGCUCAAGCAGCCUACUGCAUCCGAGCCCGCAAAUGGCGGCACCCCCGUGGUUGGGCAGCCAGGCGGCGCCCAGCAGUCAAUCAAGCGAAAACUCGACGCCGAGUCCUCCCUCGACAUUAAAAGGAGUCGAAGGGAGGGACUGAACAAAGACAGGAAUGCGCCAUUUACCCAAAAGCCCAAAUCUGUCUCGUUUGGCGACACUCCGACAAAGAACGGGAAAGCGCCCGGCGACAGCAACAAACCUCUUCAGGACAAGCCUGGUCAGCAGCACAAGAAGCCCAAGGGCCCGGAGAAGAAGAAGAAACCCGUGGCCCCCACUGAUCUCAAGCCGGCGCUCGAGUACCUCCGCCUGUGGAAGACAUCCCGCGACAGCUGGAAGUUCAACAAGAACCACCAAUCCGCCCUCAUCAAACACCUCUUUGAUGCCGACGGAAUCCCCACCGCCGACAUCAACACUUUAUAUGACUACAUCCGGGACCUGAAGGGAUUUGUCCGAACGAGGCUGCGAGAGACUGCAAUGGAGAUCCGGACCAAGGACGUGUCGGACCGCUCGUCCGCCUUCCCGGCCGGCACCGUCGACCUCGAUGCUAAGCAGGUCAGCUACGAGAGGCUACUCACCGACUUGCUGCACACACGGUCACCGAGCCGGAAGAGAAAGAGCUUUGACGAGGCCGGCUUUGUCGAAAGCUCUCAAGACGUCGACGUCAUUAUCCGGCGGGUUGUGAAGCGCAUGCGCGCAGAGUUGGUCCUCGACGAGCUGUCAGACGGGGAGCAGACGGACGACAGCCGAACCACGCAAUCGUCGGGGACGGUGGACACGAGCGACACCAACCCAGUGCUAGCCCCCAGCGGCGACAAGAGAGCGAGACUCAACGACGGGACCCCGAAGCGGCGGAGGAAGCUCCGGGUCAACUUGGACGACAGCAGCAGCUCCGAGUCAGGGUCGGAGAGCGAGUCGGAUACGAGCAGCGACAGCUCAUCGGACGAGUCCGACGACGAAGACGAAGCGGAUACGCAAUCUGCCGAAGGCUACGAGUCGUCCAGCAGUUCGUCGUCGUCUUCAUCGUCCUCUGGGGGCGAGCUUGACUCGGACGAUGACGACUCAUCAGACGAAGACGAGGACUGA